AAUGGGAGCAAAACAUUCAAAUAUUAAAGAGGAUCACACAAAAUUUCCUUUCUGGUGCGGUUAUUUGCCUGAUGCUGAUGCUUUGGAACUUUUAAAGAAUAAAAACGAAUUUAUGUUGCGAUGUUUGGAGAAUGAUUCUUUGAGUUUGACGCUUUAUGGUGGUCCUGCAAAGUGCACAAAACAGGCAAUAAUUCUUGACCGUUUGGAGGCUCCAAUUCUUCGCCCACAAUGGUUACUUUCUUCAGCAAAGUCUGGUUUGGAGACAAACUUGGUGAAGGCGCCUAUGGAGUUGUUUAUAAAGGUGAGUUGGUGUACUUAA